AUGAAUUCUUUCAUCCAGGAUAGUGCUAUUGAUCUUUCUCUUGAAUCGCAACAGCAUUAUGCACAUCUGCUUGUAUUCCCUCCAUGCUAUGAUUCAUUUAUUCCGGCUCCGCACCUCCCCAUCUCGGCUCUUCUUGACUUCACCAAUCUACCACUGUUUGAUCACUCGCUCACGGUGGCCGACUUACAUCAUUUUUUCAUUUCUGAGCAGUGUGUUACAAAUGAUGUGCCCACUGACUUCCUGGAUCGCUCCCUUCCGCCGCUUAGUUUGUCUACUCAGCUCCUAGAUAUCUUCGGUCAGGCCUAUCAUGAUGGCAUGAAAUCUGUCAAGGAUCCAUGGUUUCCAGGUAAUCUUCCAUGUUGGGUAGUUCAGUACUGGCAUGAUUUAGGGUGCGCUAUUGCAGCGAAGGAGUGCUGGAGUCUGGCUCGUGAUUGGCUAGCAGGCCAGCGAGAAAAUGCAGACACUGAUCUUGCAGCUGCCGUUGACGAGGUUUUUAGUAGCCUUCAGGUACUUGGGUGGGGUACUACUCUCCGCGGCCCAGCUACAUCACUCCAGGUGCUCGAUCUUGCAGAGUUCCUAUCAUCCACACCAAUGAAGGGCUGCUUUGUUGAUGCAAUGGCUCCAUCGCUUGGUGAUUCCUUGGUGAAUGAAGAGCUCACACAUGUCCUAUUCCCUCUGAAUGUCAGUGGCAUGCAUUGGACUGUUUUGCUGAUUGAUGGGAAGAAACGAGAGGUCCAUUACGGUGAUUUAUUGGAUUGGCCAUGGCCGAAGGAAGACAUUGAUCUCAUCCAACGAUGGUUGAGGGAGCAUGGCUUCCAACCAUUGUCCAAAGGCACCGUAUUACUCCACGGCAGGCAGGUCGACUCAUACUCAUGCACAGUUGCAAUGAUCAACAUGAUUCGUCAUUUUCUCUUCGACGUCCCAUUAUUUACGGAUAAAACGAAAUAUUUCUUGUGCAUCAAUGAGCUCAUCUAUCUUCUUCGGGGUCAUUUUUCUGCUUCCGACAACUACUGCCACCAUCCAUCUGAUUCUCCGUUCCAACCAACAUCCUUCUCAGAGUCUUCUUUCUCUUGCGAAUCUUCUGCCUCCCCCAUGUCCACCAAUAUACCACCAUCCGAGUUGCAUGUCUCCCUAGAUCUAUGGGUCUCGCCAUCUCAGCCCAGGACUGGGUUGCUGAGGCACUUUAGCAUCAUCUCACAGCAAGAAUAUCUUGAUGCUGUCCAUCAGGAGGACCUUGUGCGCGGUGAUGAACGGGAGGAAGAGGAAUUCAGUGCAACACUGAAAGCAGCAGAACAGAAACUCCUGAAGCGCACUCAUGACCGAGAUCGCCAGCGUGCCCAUCGUGCAUGA